GCUUAAAUGUUUUAUUUCUUAUAGUUAUCUUAUCAAUUUUAAAAUUUGUUGAAACAAAGUUUUAGUAUAACACAUGGCAAAAUCUCUAAUCUUUAAAAUUGACAACAAUUUAUUUGUUAUAUAAUGGUGAAUAUCUAAUGGUGUUUAUAUUUGCUUUUAGCUGCUGGUGGGUUUGUCCAAGUUUCAUUGUUUUUACUGAUGAAAGUUUUAAUCUUUUCAGUUUGAUUCAAGUUAGUGGGUGAUUGAUUAUCUACUUUGGUGGUUGAUGCUUGAGAUCUCUUAUUCAGAUUGAUCACGCCUGAAAGGUUUAUCUAAAAUUUUGUUUUUGGGAACGAUGGAUAUGAUCAACGUUCUAUCAGAUGAUAUUAUUUGCCACAUUCUAUCUUUCCUUCCGUUAAGUGAGGCUACUUCAACAUCUGUCCUCUCAAAGCGAUGGCGUUAUCUGUUUGCCUACAGAACCAAUCUUCAUUUAGAUGAUCAAGAAGUGGGUGGAGGACAAAGUUUCAUCGAUUUUGUGGAUAGAGUAUUGUCCGCGUCUGGCAAUUUCCACAUGAGGAAAAUCUCAAUAAAAUGCCUUAAGAGUAUCGACGCGGGUCAUGUCACCCGCUGGAUGACUGACGUGCUGAAACAUGGUGUCUUACAUCUUGAUAUAGACGUAAGCCCCAAUAAGCGCAUCUUAGUGCCUCUGGAGAUGUUCACUUGCAAGACAUUGGUUGAGCUUAAACUCUCCGAAGGAUUUGAUGCUCUGAUUCCUGAUGAUGUUUCUCUUCCAUCACUCAAGACUCUGUGUCUUACUGAGGUCUAUGCUUUUGAAAAGCUUAUUUCUGCUUGCCGUGUGCUUGAGGAAUUAUUCAUUUCUGGCAGGAGCUGGCAAAGUCGAAAAUGCUGCAGCACCUUGUCUUCCUUGACCCUUAAGAAACUUACUAUUAUUCUCUGUAAUCGGCUUUUGGAAUAUUUAGACCUAGGUUUAGAUACACCGAAUCUUGCCUACGUAGAAUACUCUGAUAAAUUUCCAAAAGACUGUCCUUAUCCUUAUGUGCAUCUUCCUUCCCUUAUCGAACUCGAACUUCGUGAUAAUUUCCAUAGUGCUAAUAGCAACCCAACAAAUCUGAUUAAGGGGUUACGAAACGUUGAGACCUUGGAGUUAUCUGGUGCUAGUACUUGUCUGGUAUUCCAUUAUUUCCGUGAAGCAAUCCCAGUGUUGAGCAAGCUGUCUCGUUUAUCUAUUACAGUUGAUUCAUUCUACUACCGUUGGGAAUAUCUGCCAAUACUUCUAGAAAAAUCUCCGCAUCUACAGACCCUCGUCCUGAAGGGUCCAAAUUACGACCGUCAAUAUGAACAAGAAUUUGGACAUUCAUGUCCUGUGAAAGUAUUGAAGAUAACUGAGUAUGGAGGAAAGAGUGGAGAGCUAGAGCUUAUGAAACAUUUGCUAAAGAAACUAUCAUGUCUUGAGCUUGUAAAAGUUCUUGUUUAUGCUAUAAACGACGAGGAAAAGUCCCGAAUCACCAAAGAUCUGCUUAUGGUUCCUAAACCGUCCAGUUGCAAGAUCCAGAUCAAGUUUUGUGAGAAUACUAAGUAAUAGUACCAAAUGGGCUUUGCCUUUUGCGAUGAUGUUUUUUUCUUUUUGCCCCUUCUAUGGGGGUUUAUGUGUAGAUAAAGCACCAAAAGGUAAAUGCUAUUUUCUGUUAAA